AGUCUCUCAAUGGCACUUUCCAGCCAAACAAAUACACAAAUUGUAGUUUUUUUUUUCGGGGGUAUAAGUUUGGGAAACGCGAUUGGGCGCCCAGAUUCUCAUCCCUUCCCCGCAGCUAAGGCUCAGCAGAGUAUUCGGUAAACCGCUUGGGAAAUCGCGCGGUCCGGGAGUGUGGGUGAAAGAGCAAUAAACCUCCCUUUGGCAUGGCUUUCCUCGCGCGAGUCUCACGCGCGCGCCAAGUAAAAAGGAAAACAAUCCCGCCGACGAGAGACCUACCUCAGUUGCAUGUCUGAGUCCUUAGUGGGUAGUUGGAGUCUCCUCAGACAAGAAGUGUCCUCCUGAAAGUGAAAGAACCCAGUGCAGUGGAACUGUAUGUCUCUUGGGGAAUUGCGCCAAGUGUAUGUGUUCUUGUGAAUUUUAUAAUGUGAUUGUGGAUAACUCUUGGGGCGAUGUUUCUGGUGAAGAUUGUCGUAUGUUUCCUGCUUUUUCAACUCGUUGAGGUGGUAUAUGGAGCCCGUGAACCACCUACGGUGGCCAUUCCGGAUCAGGGUACCGUUAUGGGUACCUAUCUCAAGAUGUUUCGGAUUCAGGCCGUAGUGGCUUACCUGGGCAUUCCCUAUGCUCAGCCACCCAUCAAUGAGAAUCGUUUUGCACCUCCAGUUGUGGACAAUUUGCCCACUUGGGAGGGCAUCCGAAAUGCCAGUCAACUGCCUGCGGAUUGUCUCCAGAGCGCUACGAGAACAGUAAAAAAGCACGAAGAAGCUCUGCAAGCAUUAAUAGCGCCCCAAAUGGCUGCCAUGGGGGGCACUAUGGGAGGUGGAAGUGGCAGUGGUGAUGGAGAUGGUGGCACUACAGCAGCUCCUCCGAGACAAUUCGACGAGGACUGUCUCUUUGUUAACGUCUACAUUCCGGAUGCUCCUGCUCCUCCGGAUGGAUUUGCUGUGAUAGCUUGGCUCCAUGGAGGAGAUUUCUCCUCUGGCAGUGCCACUGAACUCAAUCCCUUCCAACUAGUUCUCAAGCAGAAGGUCAUUGUGGUGUCCAUUGCCUUUCGUUUGGGCAUUUUUGGCUUCCUAACAACAGCAGAUGGUGAGGCCCCAGGAAACUUUGGUCUUAUGGACCAAUCUGCUGCCCUUUUGUGGGUCAAACGCAAUAUAAAACAUUUUGGCGGAAAUGAAAAUACAAUCACAGCAAUGGGACACGGUGCUGGCGCAAUCAGUGUUGGUCUGCAUUUGAUUUCUGGGGAUUGGUCAGAGGGACUGUUCACUAGGGCUGUGAUGAUGUCAGGGAGUCCUCUGUUGGACACAAAUGUACGCGAAGCCAAGAGCUAUAUGUCUGCUCUGGAUAGGACAGCAAAGACUUUUGGAUGUUUCCGGAGACCAACUUCAAAGCUACUGAAUUGCCUGAGAAAUGUACCGGCACAGAUCUUGGCGGACAGUGGACCUGUGACAGAUUGGGGUCCAGUGGUGGAUGAUGGAUUGAGUAAUACAACAACUCCCUUUAUUCCGGACACACCCAAGGCUCUUGUGGAGCGUGGACAGAUCAGACAGAUGCCUCUGCUGAUUGGAUUCACAGACAUGGAGGAAGUGCUAGAGCUUGCUGUUGGUGAUAUUCUGACUGAAGGGAUCUCAUCGGAGAUGUAUGAUACUCUUCUAGGGGAUAUGGUGUUAAAUGAACUCUCUCAAUUUGAGUCUAAUGAUACUUGUGUGGGUAACAAUCAGAUUGUGAUUGAUGCAGUGAAUUUUGUGUACAAGCCCUAUCCUCCAACAAUGGAACCUACCAUCCUCCGAAAGCGUUUUAUCGAUUUUAGCACAGAGAAGAAAUUUGCAGCUCCAGCAAUUCAAUUAGCGGCUGCCAUGAGUCUCAAGAAAGGCGAUGUCUAUGCCUACAGAUUUGACAUGAAAGCCCGAUCUCCGGGUGUACUUGAAGGAGUCCCAGAUUGGGUUGGCGUCCCUCAUGGUUUUGAUUCUCUAUUUGUCUGGGGUCUGCCCUACUGGGCUCAGUUGCCGUCUGGUGCACAAUGGGACCGGGCUGAUAAACAAAUUGCCGAGAUCAUCAUGACUCUGUGGGCAAAUUUUGCUAAAUUUGGUAAUCCCACAGAGAUGGGAGUGUACAUAAAAUGGGAAAAGUUCACAGCUGACUCCCCUGGGAUUCUAAUUGUAGACAGAGCUUUCAAUAUGAGCGAUCGGUCAAACAUGAACUAUGGCUCAGUACAAUUCUGGAAUGAAUACUACCCCAAAGUAGUUACAUUCGCCAGUCAGUGCUGCAAUUCAACUAGUUUAGCCACUUCUAUACGUCUCUAUCCACCAGGAGAGACUAGAAACCUACUCUUUGUUCAUUGUUUCAUCAUCCUGACGACGCUUAUUAUAUGGACGUAAUGAGAGGCCCUCAGAGGAUGUGUAUAAAUAGCAAUCAAAAGUUCAAUGAUGAGAUAGGUGAGAUAAAUCACCCAUUUCCAAAAAGGUUUUCUCUCUUGACUCUCUAACUUCUCUACAUAGCAUAGAUGAAAUUAAAUAUCAUAUCAUGUAUUUGGAAACUCGAUGGUUUUGAAUUUAAACUAUCUGUGAUAACGUUUUGUAAGCUUUGUAGAAUGAUUUCUAAGGUAAUAACCCUCCAAUUUUCUAUAUUAGGAAUAUAGCAACAAGUUAUUUGGGGAUACCCUUAAAAAUUGAUUUUUAAGUCUUUAAGGACGAUUGGGUCACCGGUGACCCAAAACUGAAAAUUUUCCUACGGCCUUCUAAAGCUAUGUUUUGUUCUAAAAAGUCAGAAAAAGUGAUUUUUUCAGUGCACCAAUUUUUGACCUUCUCGUCCUUAAAGUUAAAAAGUUCAAAAUUAAUUAGUCAAAGUUAAAAAUUAAUUGUAGUCUUAAAAGAAAGCUGAAGAAUUUUAAUUUCAAGGAAAAAUUUUGCUGUUCUGUUCGUUCUUGAUUCUGUUAUGGACUGAGAGCCUGAAUGAUUAAAUUGUAUCGUAUUUGGAAUCAUGACGAUCCGUAUUUGCCCUUUCCAAAAUUGUUAUUCGUCAAAGAAUGACUUUGAUUUUCCGUUUUCAUAUCCGCGAUGGAAAUAUUGUUUCUUUUACAAUCCGUCUACAAAUUGGCAACAAACCGAUUUUGAAAUUGUUAUACUUUAAAGCAAUUUUAGGAUAAUUUUUAUAAGUACCGUAAUGCCCUAGACACACUUACGACUUAAGC